AAACCGAGGAGGCAACACCUGCAUCAAGAUACCACCCAACGAUUUCUGAAUCACCUGGUCCUGCCCAAGCACAGGACUUCAAAAUUUUCCAGCAAUAGGCAUCGGAAGCUACAGCCGUUCAGAGAAACGUGACUGGCGCCAGCAGGUAGUGCGGCAAGCCUUACCGCGGAUAACGAGAAGAAGCACCCUGACUCGACACGUCACAUACAGCUACCAGCGGGUAGCCGCCCACGUCGCCUGGCCGCGUCGCCACGCAGCUGUCAAACUGCCGCUGAGGAGCGUGGGGAGGAGAUCUAGGAGAACGAGGACGAAGACGUUACCCACCUGAAGGAGAGAAAGAAGAGAGGACGGAGGGAAGAAACCGCGUGAACCGGCAACAUCAUCUUGAGGGAGCCGCUCGGGAAAAGGAAGAAAAGAGAGAGAAAGCGAGGCCCGAUUCUCUCGUCGCCUUUCGUUCAAUACCUCAUCACAACGACGUCACGUGAGAUAUUGCUGUUAUCCGGAAGGAUCGCUAAGCCAGUCAGGAGCAAGAAGCGGAAGUCAUUAUCAUGGGGAGCGUCAACGUCAACCGCAACAUCAGCGAUGCCUUCUACCGUUACAAGAUGCCUCGCAUCCAGGCCAAGGUAGAAGGCAAAGGCAACGGCAUCAAGACCGUGAUCGUCAACAUGGUGGACGUGGCGAAGGCGAUCGGCCGGCCGGCCACGUAUCCCACCAAGUACUUCGGCUGCGAAUUGGGAGCCCAGACGCAGUUCGACUUCAAGAACGAGCGGUUCAUCGUAAACGGCUCACACGACGCCACGAAGCUGCAGGACCUACUUGACGGAUUCAUUCGCAGGUACGUGCUGUGCCCGGCGUGCGACAAUCCGGAGACCGAGCUGAUGGUUAGUUCCAAAAAGGGCACAAUCUCGCAAGGCUGCAAGGCCUGCGGCCAUCAUGGCCUCUUGGAGAGCAAUCACAAGCUGAACACGUACAUCCUCAAGAACCCGCCGAGCUUGAAUCCGGCGGUGCAGGGCAGCUCGCUGACGGAAGGUAAGCGCGGCAAGCGCUCGAAGCGCGCAGCGAACGGCGCCGACGCCACCGCCGGCGCCACUGCCACCGGCAACAACGCCACCGCCUCCCCGACGAUCACGACACCGACCGUCGCCACCACCGGCGCCACCACCAACGGCAACCGAUCUGGCUCGCCGGAGAGCGGCCACGACGCCAACAACGCCGCGGACCUGCUGAUCGCGGAGCCGCCUAAGCGAAAUGUGGCGAACGACGAGGAGGACGACGAUAAGUGGGCGGUGGACGUGUCCGAGGAGGCUGUGCGCGCCCGUCUUCAGGAUCUGACGGACGGCGCGAAGGGUAUGACUAUGAGCGACGAUCUCGAGAAGACCGAGAAGGAGCGCAUGGACAUGUUCUACAAGCUCGUCAAGUGUCGUCGCGAUUCCGGCCAGCUCGACAAUCACAAAGAGCUGAUCGCCGAAGCGGAGAGGCUGGAGAUCAAGACCAAGGCGCCGUUGAUCCUUGCCGAAGUGCUGUUCGACCAAGCGAUCGCUGCCCAGGCGAAGAAGUAUCGCGUACUGCUGCUGCGCUUCACCCACGACGACAUCAAGGCGCAGAGGUACCUGAUACGCGGUAUCGAGCAAGUCAUCGCCCUGCACAAGGACGCCCUGAUGCCGAAGGUCCCGGGUAUUUUCAAGUUGUUCUACGACGCCGAUAUUCUGGAGGAGAAGGCGUUCGACGAGUGGUCGAGCAAAGUCAGCAAGAAGUACGUUUCGAAGGACCUGUCUCAAGAGAUUCACGAUAGAGCUGUGCCGUUCCUCACGUGGUUGAAGGUCGCUGAGGAGGAGGAGUCUGAGUCUGAAUCCGAUUUGGAAAUUGAGUAUGAUGAUAGAGCCAAGCAGCAACCUCUGAAACAGCAGCAACAACCGCCUGCGCAGAAGCCCGCCGCCGCCAAUGACGAUGACUCCGACGAUGACUUCGAUAUCGAUGCCAUUUAAAAGCAGCAAGCAGCACACAAUUGUCGGAUGCAUACGCAAACGGACGAGAAACAUAUUUUAACGUCCGCAUACGUAACGGGAAGAAUAAUCAUUUACCCUAUACACAAGAAACACGCGUAUUACGUACACGCAUACAUAACACACACAUACCACACGUACACAAACAGAAUCGGAUACAAUGAGCCGUAAAAUGCAAUCUCAAGUUAUACGUAAAUUAUUACGAUUUUUGUUGUUUUAGACCGUUGAUCGACGAUGCCAUUUACAUAUAUGUAUAAAAAAUAAGAAAAGAAAAAAAGAGAUAGAGAAGAUAAGAUCGAAGGAGAGAAAGAGAGAGUGGGAGAGUGAGGGGGGGGGGGAGGAAGAAAGGAAGGACGGAGAGGAACGGAAUAUGUGUGUAUAGAAGCAAAAAAAAGAAAUUUUAACAGUUUCCGAAUUUGUAACAAUGUGAUUUAUCUUUGUACAGUGUCAUGAUACUUUUAAUUGUUUUAACGGUGGUGCUAUCAUGCAUUCGCCAUGAGAUCGUUAUUAUUUCAUUGAAUUAUUGAGAUUAUUAUUAUUGUCACCCCAAUCAACGAUUCUUUUUAUUGUUAUCGAACUUUUUAUACGUUCGAUUGAUGCGCGUAUACCUUGAAAGAUGCAUCUGUUCCAGAGAAAAGAAAAGAGAUAACGAUAUAGUUCGUGAAAUAUUGCUGGAUAAUUGGCCUGCUAAAAACGUUCUCUAUUGUAUCUACAUUUACUAUUCUAAUAAUUAUUCAAAUAAAUAUGGUUUAAUUGCAACAGUCUCCCGAA